GUAAAGUUUCAAGGACACAGACACACAUCACAAAUACACACCAUGGGAGAUCAGGCAUCGAAUGGCCAAACUUCAAAGGUCAAGAAGGCACCGGUGUCGCAGAAGGGAGACUUGAAGAAGAAGGGAAAGGCACCGAAUGCCCAAAGGUCGAAUGGCGCACAAGGCUCUGACAACAGAGAACUAAAGGGGAAUACCGAAGACUUGGUGAACAAGAUUAACACACUGAAUGUUAACAUUAAAGACCACCGGACGCUCAUCGGGACAAAGACCACGGAGAAAAAUGAUAUGGGGGAGGAGAUAAAAAAGCAACAGAGUAAGAAAACGAAGACCGGAACAAAGAUUGAAGAGCUGGUGGGGAAGAAAGGAGAGCUGGUGGCGAAAAAAGGAAAGCUGCGAGAGGAAAUUAAAAAUCUGGACUUGCGGAAAGAAGAACUGGUGAAGGCGAAAAAGGAGCUGCGAGAUGAGAUUAAAGAUGUGGAAUCGCAGCUAAAGAAACUGAUGGAUGAGAGCAUAAAGCUGGGAGACGAUAUCGCAAGGCUGGAGAACAGCAAAAUAAGAACGGAAACAGAGAUUGCAACUAUGAAUGAGGAGGAAACUGCACUGGUGGUGGAGAAAGGAAAUUUGGAGAAGCAGCUAGAUGAGAAAAUAAAGAUGAGAUUUGAUAAUCUAGAGAAGGGGAAGCAGGAACUGUUGGAGGAGAAUGAGGAACUGAAGAAGCAGCUGGUGGAUAAAGAAGAAGAGAUGAGAUUGGAGAAAGAGAAGACGAGAUUGGAGAAAGAGAAGACGAGAUUGGAGAAACAGAAACUGCAAAAUCUGCAGAAGAAGUACGAUAGGAGAUGCUGCAGUUGCUGGUCAAUUUGUUAACGUUCUCAGUACGGACUAUUACGUGAUUUCGGACAGCUGAGUGGUGUUAUUAUACAGGAGUAAAAUAUGUAGUGAUGUCAACAUGCUUACAUGCAUGGCUAUGAGUUUGUUUCCCACUGCUGUAAGCUCCUUAAUUUAUGCUUUUGAAUUAAUCUUCCUUUC